AUGAAGAUCGCAGUUGUAGGAGCAGGCAUAUCUGGAAUGUCGGCAGCAUACUUGCUGGCACAGGGUGGACAUCAGGUCACGGUGUAUGAGAAGGGCGACUAUCUAGGAGGACAUACUAAUACGGUGGAUGCGACAUUCGAGGGCGUUGGAACGGUCAAGGCAGACACAGGCUUCCUCGUCUACAACGAAGAGAAGUAUCCCAACUUGAUGCGACUGUUCCGCGAGCUGGGCAUCGAGUCUGCAGACUCUGACGUCAGUUUUGCCUACUCGCUUAACGCCCGCGGCAGCCAAGAUGGCGCGUCGCAGAGCUCGCGUGGCGAGGUCGAGUGGGGCUCGGAUGGCGCCAAGACUGUAUUUGCGCAGCUGAGCAACAUCUUCCGUCCGUCGUUCUGGCGUAUGCUCACAGACAUGGCGCGCUUCCAUCGCGAGGGCCCGCUCACGAUGCUCGAGCCCGAGAAGUACAACGCCAUCACAAUUGGCGAGUACCUCAAGAUGAACAACUACUCGGAGGCUUUCAAGAACUACUACCUCGUGCCAGUCAUGUCUGCGCUGUGGUCCACAUCAUUCUCGGCGACACUCGAUCAGUUCCCGAUCCUUACACUGGCGCGCUUCUUUGCCAAUCACGACAUGUUCCGUAUCUUUGGACGACCACAAUGGAAGACGGUGCGUGGUGGCAGCUAUCUGUACAUGGAGCGACUGCGCGAGCGAAUCGUGGCGUACGAGGGCUGCGAGGUGCGACUGUGCCAGGAGGUCAACAGCGUGAUGCGAACCGACGACUAUGUAGACAUCACCGUGACUGACUCACCGACACCAGAGCGCUACGACUAUGUUGUGAUGGCGUGCCACCCACCCGAGGCACUGUCCAUCGUGGACGCGAUCACCAAGAACGAGCACGACGUCCUCUCACUGUUUGAGUACACGCCACACACUGUCUAUCUGCACUCUGACGCGCGUCUGAUGCCCAAGCGUCGCGCCAUCUGGGCCAGCUGGAACUACCUCUACGAUGACGCGUCGAGCACAGAGAACGCCGUCUGCGUCACAUACUGGAUCAACCGUAUCCAGCCUUGGCUCGAUGCCACCACCACGCCACUCUACGUCACGCUCAACCCCAUUGUGCAGCCAGCGCCAGAGCUCGUGCACAAGGUGAUUCACUACGAGCAUCCACUAUUCACCAGCCAGAAUGAGAACAAUCGCCAGCUGCUGGCAUCGAUCCAGGGCGUGCGUCGCACCUUUUACUGCGGCGCCUACAGCGGCUUUGGCUUCCACGAGGACGGCAUCACAUCGGGCUUGCUGGCGGCGCAGGGUGUGGACCCUGCCCUCACAGAUAUUUGGAAGGUCGAUGUCAGUCGCUAUGAUGCAGUUCCAACUUCAUCUGCUUCACUGGUGCCUUUGGCCUCCUCAAAGCCACAGCCCCAGCCUGGCGCUGGCACUGGCAACAAAUGGCUAAGUCUGGCUGGAUUUACAUUCAUCUGUGGAAUGCUCGUAUUUAAGAAGGACUUGUCAUUCCUCUCUGGUUGGUUGGACAAGUUUGAUAAGAUGUUGUACUAA